AUGUCAUCAAGCAUUAAAGACUACGACCUGCAGGUCAAGACCGUCGAAGCUCUUGAGGUCGGCCUCGAUAUUGGCGAUGGCUCUCGCGAAGACCUCGAGAAGAAGCUGCUGCGGAAGAUCGACAUACGCUUAAUGCCAAUGAUGAUGUUGAUCUACGUGCUCAACUACCUCGAUCGGAACAACAUUGCCACCGCCAGACUCGGCUCGCUCGAAAAGGAUACUGGACUUCGCGCUCAAGAGUACAACACCGUCAUCUCCAUUUUCUUUGUCGGGUAUAUCCUGACGCAGAUCCCAACCAACAUGAUCCUUGACAAGGUUCGCCCGUCGCUCUUUCUGCCGGUCGUCAUGUGCGCUUGGGCCAUCGUCAGCGCCUGUACUGGCGCCGUGCGGAACUAUUCGGGUCUCAUUGCACUGCGUUUCUGCUUAGGCUUCGUGGAAGCUCCGUUCUUCCCAGGAGCUUUAUUCUUGCUGUCUUCAUGGUAUACCAAGAAAGAGCUCGCUAAGAGAAUCUCUAUUCUGUACGCCGCCGGUCAAAUGUCUGGAGCAUUUGGUGGUCUCCUCGGCAGUGCCAUCAUGAGCGGUAUGGACGGACUUGCCGGACUUCCAUCCUGGCGCUGGUUGUUCAUCAUCGAAGGCACAGCCACGAUCCCUGUAGCGGUUGUCGCGCUCUUUGUUCUGCCGGACUACCCGGCCACAACCAAGUGGCUGUCCGAAAGCGAGCGUAACCUCGCAAUUCUACGUAUUGCCGAAGAAGCCAGCGAAGAAGACAAGCAUGCUUCCGUGAGUGCUUGGCACGGCCUCAAGAUGGCUUUCGCAGACCCGGUCCUCUACUUGAUUUGGUUUAUGCAACUUGGCUUGAACACAGCAGCCGCCUUUACGAACUUCUUCCCCACAAUCGUUAGGACGCUCGGCUACGGCACCAGCAAGACGCUCCUUCUGUCAGCUCCUCCCUACGUGUUCGCCGCCAUUCUGGGCAUCACCAACUCCUGGCACUCCGAUCGCACCAAUGAGCGCUGGCUCCAUAUCGUCUGGCCGCAGAUAUUUUGCUCGAUCGGGUUCAUCAUCUCUGCCGUCACUCUAAAAACCGCUGCACGCUACACAGCUACUUUCAUGAUGAUGAGCGUUUAUGGCAGCUUCGGAUGCAUCUUGUCGUGGGUAUCAACCUCGCUUCCGAGACCUUCCGCUAAGCGCGCCGUCGCUUAUGCAGUGGUCAACGCUGGAUCCAAUCUCGCAUCCAUCUAUGCCAGCUACUUCUAUCCAAAGAGUCAGGGCCCUCGUUACUGGCAGGCCAAUGUCGCAAACGUGGCGUUUAGUGCAGCGUGUAUCGUAUUGGCGACGGUGUUGCACUUUGUGCUGCAAUGGAGGAACCGUAAACUCGACCGCGCUGCCGCUACUUCAUACGAAGAGGAGCUCGUGGUUGCUAGCAAGUGGCAGAUUCAGGCCAAUUACAGGUAUACACUCUAG